ACUUAAUUGCGCGCAUAAAAUAAUCUGUUGCAGUGCACAUGAGAAUCGCAAUGUUGUUGUUUGUCGUUUUAGUUCUUUUACUCUCAAUCUAUUUUUUUCUGAAGAAAAUACAAAAGAAAAAUGGUUUGGAUAAGUUUCCCGAACCAGAUCCACACCCAAUUCUCGGUCACGUGUCACUAGUAACAUCAACCAGAGAGGUUAUAGAUGUCAGUAUGCAACUCAUCAAAAACUAUGGCAAAACCGUGAAACUAAGGAUAGGGCCAACAUUUUUUUCCAUACGCACUGCUCUUUUGACUGUCGACUAUCACUUGAUCGAGUUUAUUUUGAGCGGAAACAAAAUUCUUAAGAAGACGGAAAAUUACCAGUUUUGGAAACACUGGUUGGGUCAAGGACUAGUGAUAAGCGACGGUGAUUAUUGGAAGAAGCACCGAAAAAUUUUGACCCCGGCCUUUCACUUUGAGAUACUGAAAGAGUUCGUUCCGGUUUUCGAAUCGGUGGGUGACGUCCUGAUUGAAAAUCUAGCAAAAUGUGAAGGGACACCUAGUUGUGACCUGGAUCCUUUUGUCACGUUGUGUACUCUGGACAUCAUCUGCGAGACGGCCAUGGGUACAAAAAUGAAUCUACAAAGCGGGAAAAACUCCGAUUAUGUUCGAAGCGUGAAAGAAACAUGUCGAAUCGCCAUUGAAAGAGUUUUGUCACCUUUAAGAUUUUUUGAUUCUACAUUUUGGUUGUGCAGAGAUUUCUACCGUCAAAAGAAGGAGUUAAAAGUUUUACACGAUUUUACACACAACGUGAUCAAUUCCAAGAAAAAUAAUAAAUCCAUCGAUAAGAAUACUAAAAGACCGGCGUUUCUAGAUCUGCUUUUGAAGUUUUCUGAAGAUGAGAAUAUUCUCAGCACUGAGGAAAUUCGAGAGGAAGUUGAUACGUUCAUGUUCGCGGGACAUGACACAACAGCCUCUGGCAUUUGUUUCACAUUGUACUGUUUGGCUGAUCAUCCCGAAGUUCAAAAACAAGUUCUCCAAGAACAACAAGAUUUAUUCGGUGAAGAGAAAAACCCUGUCAUAACUUACUCAGAGUUGCAAAACAUGAAAUAUCUAGAACACGUUAUCAAAGAAAGCUGUCGUCUGUAUCCUCCAGUAGCAAAGAUAGGGCGAUACACAACUGAAGACACAGAGUUUGAUGGUUGUUUGAUUCCCAGAUACACCAACAUCAUGCUUUUCAUUUAUGGUUUACACAGAGAUCCGGAUUAUUUUCCAGAACCGGAAAAAUUUAAGCCGGAAAGAUUCGAAAAUUUUGACCCUUCCAUACCGUAUGCUUAUAUUCCGUUUAGUGCUGGUUCGCGAAAUUGUAUUGGUCAAAGAUUCGCCAUGUUGGAAAUGAAGAGUAUUAUUUCUAAAAUUGUGAGACAUUUUGAAAUAAAACCAACUUCUCCAAGGCACGAAGUGGAGUUGUCCUUUGAAGCUGUUUUGAAAUCAGCGAAUGGCAUCAAGGUCGUUCUUAAAAAACGACCUUGAAAGAAUCUGUAAUGGUUGAAAAAAUAUCAAAGCAUGCUCUCCCACAUAGGACUUUUGGACAAAUUUUUAUCUGGUCUAGUCAAAAAUCACAAAUAGACAAAAAUUAAAUUAUGU